CGGGGUCUCUGACAGAAGCUAGCAUCCUCAGCUCGCCAGAAGCCCGGGCCCGGCCGCCAACAUGCCGGCAUACCACUCCUCUCUCAUGGACCCUGACACCAAACUAAUUGGAAACAUGGCACUAUUACCCAUUAGAAGUCAAUUUAAAGGACCCGCUCCGAGAGAGACAAAAGACACAGAUAUUGUGGAUGAAGCCAUCUAUUACUUCAAGGCCAAUGUCUUCUUCAAAAACUACGAAAUUAAGAAUGAAGCUGAUAGAACGUUGAUCUACAUAACUCUUUACAUUUCUGAAUGCUUAAAGAAACUCCAGAAGUGCAACUCAAAAAGCCAAGGAGAGAAAGAAAUGUAUACAUUGGGAAUCACUAAUUUUCCUAUCCCCGGAGAACCAGGUUUCCCUCUUAAUGCAAUUUAUGCCAGACCUGCAAAUAAACAAGAAGAUGAAGUGAUGAGGGCCUACUUACAGCAGCUUCGACAAGAAACUGGGUUGAGGCUUUGUGAAAAGGUCUUUGAUCCUCAGAGUAACAAACCUAGCAAGUGGUGGACUUGCUUUGUGAAGAGGCAGUUCAUGAACAAGAGCCUUUCAGGGCCUGGCCAGUGACCGGAUCUCAUGCAGUCCUUCCCAGUGCAGCAGCAUCCAACGUCUGGGAACGAGAUAUACACAGUACUUGCCCUUUGUUUUGUGAAAUUUUAUACUAAGAAAGAGGAGACACAUCCUUACUGGAAAAGCCCUUUAUCACGAAGGUUGGGGCUUAAGGAUCAUUUGAGAAUUUUUGCAAUGUUAAGCUGGUGCUUAAUGAUAAUAAAAAAAAUUUCUAACAAAAAAAAAA